GAGGAACCACCAGCUGCUGCUCUCCAGCCGGGUCUGGGCAGGGGCGAGACCUUCAUUAAAGCUCCUUCUGUGCCCAGCCCAAGGGGGGACUUUUUGGAUCUAGCCCCCUGGGGCCUCCCCAAGCUCUGCCAACACCAGCUCCUGGGCCGGAGACUCCAGCAGGUGAUGGGACAGUGAGUGAGAACAAAGGAGGAGAAUCCUCAGCAGAAAAUCCUCAGCAAGUGUAACUGCAUGGGACAUUAUCAGGAAGAACUGAAGGGAAUUUCUUCCAGAGUCAUAAGAGAAGCUGCUAGGAAAAUAGUGGAUAAAUCUAUUUGUUGUGGGAGAGGGUGCAGGAAUCUCAAGGAAACCAUAUCCCAGCAAGGAAUCCAAAUGGGAGAGAGAAAAAACACAUCCACUGAGUUUGGGAAGAGUUUUAAUGACAGCUCACACCUUCCUAGACAGCAGCGAAUGCUCACAGGGGAAAGACCCUUCAAGUGCUUGGACUGUGGGAAAAGCUUCAAUCUAAGCUCAAACCUUCUUACCCACCAGAGAACCCACACAGGAGAGCGACCUUAUAAAUGCUUGGACUGUGGGAAAAGUUUCAGCCUGAGCUCAAACCUUCUUACACACCGACGACACCACACGGGAGAGCGACCCUAUAAAUGCUUGGACUGCGGGAAAAGUUUCAUUCAGAGCUCCGAUCUUAUUUCACAUCAACGACUCCACACAGGAGAGAGACCCUAUAAAUGCCUUGACUGCGGGAAAAGUUUUAUUCAGAGCUCACACCUUAUUAGACAUCAGAGUCUCCAUUUGGGAGAGAAACCCCAUAAGUGCCUCAUCUGUGGGAAAAGUUUCACUCAGAAGUCACACCUUAUUAGACACCAGGGAAUCCACACAGGAGAGGAGCCCUAUAAGUGCACUGACUGUGGGGAAACAUUCAUUCAGAGCUCACAGCUUAUUGUGCAUCAGAGAACCCAUACGGGAGAGAAACCUUUUAAAUGCUUGGAUUGUGGGAAAACCUUUAGUCGGAGUUCCCACCUUGUUGUGCAUCAGAGAACCCACACGGGAGAGAAGCCCUAUAAAUGCUUGGACUGUGGGAAAAGUUUUAGUGUCAACUCAAACCUUAUUACGCAUCAGAGGACCCACACAGGAGAGAGACCCUAUAAGUGCCUGGACUGUGGGAAAAGUUUCCAGCGGAGCUCACAUCUUAUUAAACAUCAGAAAAUCCACACAGCAAAGAGGACCUGAAUGUGGGGGUCUCUUCACUCAGGGCUAUGAUCAUAACUGGCUUCUCCAAAUCCAUAUAGGAUAGAGACUUCCUAAACGUCCAUAGUGUGGCAAAUGUUUCAAGCAGAGUUCACAUCAUAUUGGACAUGAGAGACUCCACACAGCAGAGAAAUUGUAGCAGGCUGCCAGCCUCUGCUGUCGUUAGGACCAGCUUUCUGUUUAAUGCUGGUGUCUUCAAAGUGCUCUGAAACCUGCACGGUUACUCGGAUUGCUCUUGGUAUUUGGUGUACCUCAUGGGUUUGUGGGGUAGGAUGAGUGAACUAAAUUUGGGGUCACUUGAAUAUGGGGUUCCUGAGAUACAGCUCCCUGACAACAGCUGCUUUUUGCAAAGUUGAGAGGGUCCACCAAUGUUUUUUUGCCCAGAUCUGGGGAUCUGUCACAGGGUUCGAGGAUGCAUCACCUCUGACCCUGUAACCCUGAGAGCCUCACAAUGUUUUGCUACUGUAACACCCAGCCUGAGACAUUCAGUCAGCAACCAGCAUGCAAGUCACAGCCUGAGUGUCUAUGUAUAACUGUCACCCUGGUCCAGCCACUCUGACGCCGGCAACAGAGCAGGCCCACUCCGUGCUCUCUGCCAGCCUGGGUUACCACCAGCAGGGUGACCCCAAUGCACUCCCAGUCCCGAAUUUUCCCCAAACUGUGGGCUCUGCAACGUGCAGUGUCAAACAAAUUUAUUAACAAAAGGUUAUAGGUUAAGUGAUGCUGAGAAAAGGAAUAAAAGUAGAGAUGGUUACAAGUAAAUGAAAGUGAAAAUUUGCAUCUAAAAGUCAAAAACUGAAUCUAGCGAGGUACGGGCUUUAUUCAAGAUAGUUUCUCUCAGCAAUCUUCCUUCUUGCCAGCCAGGGUUGAAUAUCCCUCAGUCGGGAUCUUCUGCAGAAGUCCAAGGGGCUGGCUUCCCUUGUCCAUCUGGGUGAAAGACCUUUGCCUAAGUGGAUUUCUUACCUAUAUUCAGUUCCCAGAGACUUCAACCCCUCCCUUGGUCCCAUCUUUCUCAGCUUGCAAGAGAUCUAUUCCUUUGUGUCUGUCUAGUGAAGGACCCCAAAGACGACUUCUGUCCUUGCUUAUGUUUUCCAAAUUUCAAUGACUUUGCUUUAAGAGGCAGGAUGACCUCAUGCUCUACUUCCCUUCCUGUGGACUUCCCAACCCCCUGCUGAUUUCUAUGUAAAUGGGGCUUCCAUUGUUUUUGGUUAAACCUUGCAUUUAGGGUGAACAGAUGUCCUAAUUUUAUAGGGACACUCCUGAUAUUUGGGGCUUUGUCUUAUAUAGGUGCCUAUUAUGCCCCACCCUGUCCCGAUUUUUCACUCUUGUUGUCUGGUCACACUACUUGCAUUUCACCUUUCAUUGCAGCCAGGUAGAUAGUUGCCUUCUCUCCUCCCUAUUUCUCCCUGUCUGGCCACAGACUUUAAAGCAUAAUAUCAUUAGGUGUCCAUAUUCCCUCGUAUAGCGUUAAUAUGGACAUUUAACAAUGCUAUUAAUCACUAGUGUGUCAUUAGCUUUCAGAAAAUACUUCACUCUAUAUACUUUUAUAAGUACAGUAAUAUUGUAUCCAAUCAGUUGAUUCAAUUACUUAUCCCCUGUGAUUCAGCCCCUCUGUCUUUAUACACCAGUAAACCUUUGCAACGUAUUCUCCUGAAUGUUACUCCUCCAAGUAAAGUUUAUGUGAGAAAGGCAAUGUGGAGUCAUGUGGUGAUGGAGGCUCCAUGAUGAUUUUUUUCCCCCAUGCUGGUAUUUGCUAAAAUUCAAAUUGUUCUGUUCUCUGCCAUCGCCUCUCUCUGAUGUCUUGAUAGUCCUGUUUAUAGGCAAAUUGAGGUAAACACACAUUCCUUUGUUUAGGACAGACCUAUGUCACACCUUUACCGAGGCAAGGCUGCCGGGUCUUCAACAUGUUCUAGUAACAUCAUACGGGGGAACUCGUAUAGUGUAAACAUUUCACCAUGGUACAGUUGAGCAGCAAGUGAUUCAUUUUUAAAUGAUACCUCACAAGGCCUAUUUUCUGCAAAGAUUCUUGCAAUAGUGUGGAGGGGUGUGUAUCUAUACCGGGAUGUUUUGGGUCGCAGGGUCAAACCAUGGCUCUGAUCUGGGCACAGGGAUAUCUAGCACGUAUAGACUCCGACUCCGUGGGUGCUCCGGGACUGGAGCAGCCAUGGGAAAAAAAUAGUGGGUGUGUUUGGCGGUGGAUAGGAGGUGCUCAGGGAGGGGGCAGAGCUGGGGCGGAGUGGGUUGGGAAGAGGCAGAGUGAGGGUGGAGUCUUGGGGAAGCGGCGGAGUGGGGCGGGGCCUUGGGGCAGAGAGGGGGCAGAAGCACCCACUCAGAAAAAUGAAAGCGCCGGUGCUAGCACUGCACAUGCAUCAUAGCGAAGGCAUGGCAUCUACUGUCUCUUGCCAACAUCAUUUUUAAAGGGAGCUAGGUCUCAAGUUAGUCACCUGCCUGACGCUCAUGAGUUAAACUGAUUACACUGAGCAUGCCCAGAAAAGUCAGCCAAUGGGCUUGAGUGUACCAUUUCUCAUGAAGUUCAAUAGCUCACAGGCAGGUGUAGUUGCCACUGUUCAAUCCAACCUUCAGCCAGUGGUAGCUUGUAUCCAAUCUAGGGCUAAACUCUCUCUCUUGGGGGACAAGGCAGGUGAGAUAAUACAUUUUAUUGGAUCAACUUCCCCUGAUGAAAGAGACAAGCUUUGGAGCCACACAGAGCUCUUCUGCAGGACUGGGAAAGGUACAGCACUAUGCAAGCUGGAACAGAUUGUUUAGCAUAAGUAGUUAGCACAUAUUGUAAGUGACCAUUCAAGGCAGACCAUUAACACCUCUGCAGUCAUAGGACAAAAAGAGAGGGGUAGCGGGUUACAGCUUGUCUUAAUAAGCCAUAAAUCCAGUGUGUCUGUUCAGUCCUUGAUUUUAGGUGUCUAGCAGUUAUGAAUUUAAGCUCCCAGGCUUGUCUUUUGAAAGUGUUGGGUAGUUUGCUUUGAGGAUGAGGACUGAGAGGUCAGAUAUAGAGUGAUCACUUUGUGAAAAGUGUCCACCUAUUUUGUCUUUUAGAAUUUUCCUGUGUGAAUUCGUUUGCGAGUGUAGUGAUUGUCUGGUUUCACCCACCUAGUUGUUAUUGGGAGGGUUAUUUUGGGGAAGUGUCGUCAAGCUACUUUUUAGAAAUAAAAUAAAUUAGAAAUAUGAAUGCUCGCUGAGAGGGAAGGGGAAUUUGGAGACAAAGGUGAUGGGUUUGGGGCUGCAGUGACUUGGGGGAGAGGGGCUAUGGGACCAGUGACUGUUGAGGCAAGUUUAUAUCAGCAUUUGAUAAUUAAGAGAAUAUGAGGAAAACUUGGAGAAGAUUGACACUAAUUGGCUAAGUAGACAGGGAAAAAAGCAAAAUCUGAAAGGUUUGGUAUCGAUAGUGGGCAUUUAGAGGAACAAUAAGCAAUAUUUAUGCAUAUAAUAUAUUAGUAAUCCCUAAACAGAAAACUUUAUCAACAGCUUUGGGUGUUUUAUAUUAAAAUUCAAUAUGUGACUAAAAGGGAGAAGAGCAAGAGAUUCUGCAGCCAUAUUUGAGUACUGGAGAGAAAAAAGCCAAGAACGGAGGGGAUUAUAGCUGUAUAUUAACUAAUUAUAUAGAAGAGCAGAAAAAUUGGGAGGGCUUUAUAUCAAAUUCCCUCAACUUGUUACUUUAAAAGGAAGUUCUUAAGGCUGAAAAGUCAAACGGUUUCAGUUAGGCAGUGCCAGAAUCAAGCUGUGUGGGCAAAGUUAUUUCUUUUCCCUUGUGUCUUGGCAUUAGGAUAUAAUCUCUCAUGACAGGAUCACAUGCUACUGUGCUCAUUAGCACAGGACAUCUCUGCUGGAGCAAACAUGUUCCUGUCAGCACUUAAAAGGGGAGAUUUACCCAUCUCUGUGGAAUUCAAACUUGUUCCUGGGGCAGCCACAGGGUCAGAUUAGUAUAUGAAUAAUCAUCCCCAAAACAAACAUUCUUCUCUCUGCUGUGUCACCAUCUCUGCUCUGUCUUAUGGCAAAACACACCGACUGACUGUGUGUGGUGUUAGUUACAUUUUCUCUGUGUGGGCCACAAAUUGUUCCUUUGCCUUUUCUGCUUGUGGUUUUGAACAAUUUAAAACUGAAAUCCAUUUUUCCUGAGGCUUUACUGGAGUCUGGAAACGGGCGUGGAUGUGAACUGUCAACUCAGAGAAGUCAUAAAACUUAUCACAAAAAAAAAAAAAUCACCCUUCGAUUUAAGAGUCAUUCUGUACAGAAAUCUUCAGGUUCUGGGUGAAAACAGGAGAAAAUACCGAUCGGCCCCCGUCAGAAUCAGCCAGCAACAAGUAGGACAUAACUUGUUCCCAGGUCACGCGAUCCCUCUGAUAUUAACCCAGGAAGUGAUUGUAAGGCAGCAGUUCCUGGGAUGGGAAUGUUAGACUGUUCAGAAUCUAACACAGCACAGCCAGGUCAGAUUGACACACACGACUGUCACUGACAUAACUAUAUGGUUUUAAUUCACCCCAUUAGUUAUUUCAGUGCAAAUCUGUAUGUGUCUGAGACAUUCUCGUUUCAGAUUAAGAGCAACCUAAAUUUGUUUCUUUUUGUAUUCAUCACCCACUUUUUCCUCCCCCUGCCUUUUCUUUUCAUUCCCUUUUUAUUUCUCUACCCUCUUCUCCUCCUCAUCCUAUGUAGGUCGAACUUCCUUAUUUUCUGAUCUUUUCUCUAUUUCUUCUCCCACCCUCUUCUUUUUCUGCACCUGUGCUGGAGAGCAGCUGAUAGCAGGUCAGGCAGGGACCUUCCAUUAUCAGCAAAAUCACUUCUGAUUUGGAGCAGAAGGCAGAGAUAACGGAAGCCAAGCUCCUAGUAGCCAUGGCUUCAGGGACUGUUGAACAGGGACUCCAAGAGGAAACCAAAUGUCCCAUCUGCAGAAACUAUUUCACGGAGCUGGUGAGCACAGACUGUGGGCACAACUUCUGCCGUGGCUGCAUCUCUCAGCACUGUGACACAUGGACAGAGGGGGACUAGGACCCUUUGUGCUGUCCCAUGUGCAGAGCCCAGAUCCAGAUGGAGAAUCUAUGGCUUGACUGGGACCUGGCAAGAUUAGUAGAAAUCUAUUUAAAUAAAAGAUUGUUUCAAUUUU